UGGUGGCAUUUGACAUUUGUUCCCAUCUAUCCAUUUUCUUCCACUUACUCGGGAUCAGUUUGCAGGGGCAGCAGGUGACGCAGGGGUGCCCAGACUUCUCUCUCCCUAGCCACUUCAUCAAGCUCAUCCGGCUGGAUCCUGAGGUGUUCCCAGGCCAACCGGGAGACAUAGUCCGUCUACCGGGUCGUCCCCUCUCGGUGGGAUGUGCCCAGAACACCUCAUCGGGGAGGUGCCCAUCCUAACCAGAUGCCCGAGGCACCUCAUCUGGCUCCUCUCGAUGUUGAGGAGCAGGGGCUUGAUUCUGAGCCCCACCUGGAUGACCGAGUUUCUCACCCUAUCUCAAAGGGAAGAGGAAAACUGAUUUCGGCCACAUGUAUCCGCGAUCUUGUUCUUUCGGACACCACCUACAGCUCGUGACCAUAGAUUGAUAGAGUUUGCAUCACUGCACCAUUCUUCCGUCACUCGUAAACAAGACCCCUAGAUACUUGAACUCCACUUGGGGAGGAUCUCUUUCUUGACCCGGAGAGGGCACUCCACCCUUUUCCGACAGAGCACCAUGGUCUCAGAUAUGAAGUUAUAGAAGCGGGUGUCACAUGUCCGACGUGUUCGGCCGCUUUGGAUGACAACUUCCGGGCUAGCUAGCAAGCUUAGUGGCGGGCCAGAGUUUAAGGAGAUUUUCAUGCCUUAAAUUGGCUUCCUGCUCUUUUCAGGGUCGCGGUCGUGCCGGAGCCUAUCCGAGCUCUGUCUUCGGGCGAGAGGCAUGGUACACCCACAACUGGUCGCCAGGCAAUCGCAGAUGAUGACGUAUAUAUAAACGAGGCUGCUGUGAUGUCAUCAGAGUCCAAGCCCCCCGCUCCCACCCCGGGAGACAUGUACAAGGGCUGGCUCUUCAAGUGGACCAACUACAUUAAAGGUUACCAGAGACGCUGGUUCGUCCUCAGUCAUGGACUGCUCUCAUAUUAUCGGACCCAGGCCGAGAUGGGCCACACGUGUCGCGGCACCAUCAACCUGGCCACGGCCAACAUCGUCGUGGAGGACUCGUGCAACUUCGUCAUCUCCAAUGGGGGCGCCCAGACGUACCACCUGAAAGCGAGCUCGGAGGUGGAGCGCCAACGCUGGAUCACCGCCCUGGAGCUCGCCAAGGCAAAGGCUUUUCCCAUACAGGAUCUAUCCGAUGAGUCGGCGGAUGAAGCGUCUGAAGCCCCCCCUUCUUCGGGACAGGGGGCCGGCCGCAACAUUGAAAUCCAGUCUACGCUGCGCACGCUCAGCAACAAAGUGGAGGACCUUAACACCUGCAAUGACCUCAUUGUCAAGCAUGGAUCAGCACUGCAAAGAUCUUUGUCAGAACUGGAGGGCAUUCAUGCAGCAGUGGACAUGGGCGAGAAGAUCAGACAAGUCACAGAGAGGGCCACGCUCUUCCGAAUCACCUCCAACGCAAUGAUCAACGUGUGCCAAGACUUCCUGUCCAUGGCUCAGAACCACAGUAAGCGCUGGCAGAAGGCCUUGCAGCUGGAGAAAGCGCAGAGGAUUCGCUUGGAGGACACUCUGGAGCAGCUGGCCAAGCAGCACAACCACCUCGAGAGAGCUUUCAGGGGAGCCACCGUGCUUUUGCCGUCGUACAGCAACAUGGAUUUAGGUAGCAAAGGUGGAAUGUCGGGAAAGGGGGAUGCCAGCGACGAGGACGAUGACAACGAGUUCUUUGACGCCAUGGAGGACCCGGCAGAGUUCAUCACCAUCCCCGCUGACCCAAAAUAUCACAGGAGAUCUGACAGCAGCGUGAGCAGGCUGAGCAAUGAGACCGGCAUGGACGAUCAGUCGGUAAAUUUUGAUGAGCUGUCACUGGCAUCCAGUCUCGAGUCCCCACAGCCCCUGGAGCUGGAGCCUGUCAGGCAACGACGGACACGCAUCGCAGAAAAGCCCAACUACUACCUCAACCUGUGGAGCAUCAUGAAAAACUGCAUCGGCAAGGAGCUCUCCAAGAUACCGAUGCCCGUGAACUUUAACGAGCCCCUGUCAAUGCUGCAACGCCUGUCCGAGGACCUGGAGUACUACGAGCUGCUGGACAGGGCGGCCAAGUGUCAGAGCUCCCUGGAGCAGAUGUGCUACGUGGCCGCCUUCACCGUGUCGUCCUACUCCACCACCGUCCACCGCACCGGCAAGCCCUUCAACCCUCUGCUGGGGGAAACCUUCGAGCUGGAUCGCCUGCGAGAGUGUGGCUACCGCUCUCUUUGCGAGCAGGUGAGCCACCACCCGCCUGCAGCAGCCCACCAUGCCAUCUCUGAAAAAGGCUGGACGCUCAGACAAGAAAUCACCUUAGCCAGCAAGUUCCGAGGAAAAUAUUUGUCAAUCAUCCCCUUGGGUUCAAUCCAGUGCAUAUUUGACAAGAGCGGCAACCAUUACUCCUGGAAGAAAGUGACCACCACAGUGCACAAUAUUAUUGUGGGCAAGUUAUGGAUUGAUCAGUCAGGGGAGAUCGAUGUGGUCAACCACAAGACAGGCGAUCGAUGCCACCUUAAAUUCACUCCCUACAGUUACUUCUCCCGAGAUGUGCCGAGAAAGGUGACGGGCGUGGUGAUGGACAAAGACGGAAAGGCGCAUUACGUGCUGUCGGGAACGUGGGACGAGAAGAUGGAAUUCUCUAGGAUCAUGCAGAGCAGCAAGAGCGAGAACGGCGCUGAGGGCAAACAGAGGACUGUCUACCAGACCCUCAAACCCAAGGAAAUAUGGAGGAAGAACCCCUUACCAGAGGGCGCAGAGAGCAUGUACUACUUCUCCACACUGGCGCUGACCCUCAACGAACCCGAGGAGGGCGUGGCACCGACGGACAGCCGGUGGCGGCCCGACCAGCGUCUGAUGGAGGAGGGCCACUGGGACGAGGCCAAUGCCGAGAAGCAGCGGUUGGAGGAGAAGCAGCGCACGGCUCGUCGGGAAAGGGAGAGGGAGGUCAUCAAAGCAGCCAACACGCCUGAGGAAGCUGACGCUGACAAGAUUGGAACGGAAGCGAGUGAGGUUUCAGAUGAAACUGACAUAGAGGACUCUCCUAACGCUCGCACUCAUCCUCCUCGUCCUGUCACAUCCCAAGACAGUGAAAGUUCUUGUGGUGCUACAGCCAAAACUGCCCAUCCAGACAGAUACCAGGCACAGUGGUUCGAGAAGGUGGACGACACCACGUCAGGAGAGACCUUACACGUCUACAAGGGAGGCUACUGGGAGACCAAGGACAGCGGCGGCGGCUGGGACGUCUGCCCUGACAUCUUCGGACCAUAGGCUAGAAAAUAAGAACAAAAUGAAAGCCAGAUAGAGAUGGCACCAGAAUUUGGUUUUGGUUUGUUUUUUUCCAACUACACAAGAAUAUAGUCAGAAGAAUACAUUUGUCAUAUUAGAAAAAAUAAUAAUCAUCUGAUAAGAAAAGUAAUUUUACAAGGGAAAAAAAAAUCUGAAUUGUUGAGAAACUUUAUCAUGGAAUUAGAAUGUCCUAAAGUUACGAGAAAAAUAUUCAAUGUUCAAGAAAACAUAUUACAAAGAAAAAAUGUCCUCAUUUUAUGAGAAAACAAUUUAAUAUUGUAAGAAUACAAUUUUUGUUUUUUAUAUUACAAAAAGAAAAAAUAUGUAAGAAAAAAGUAAUAGUUUAUUUUUUUUUAAAUAUGAGAAAAAAAUGUACUUUUGUGAGAAUAAAGUUUCACUUUUAAAAGUAAAAGUGUUAAUAUUACACAAUUUAAUAGUAAAUUUGCGAGAAUAAAGUUACGAUUUUACAGGUAAAAAUGUUAAUAUUGCAGGACAAUGCUGUAAUAUGAGAAUAAAGUCAACAUUUUAUAAGGUUUGAAUUUUACAAGGUUGUAAUAUGAGAAUGAAGUUUUUACAAGUAAAAAAAUGUAUUACAAAAAAUGUUCUAAGUUUAGAGAAAGUAACAUUUUUAAAAUUACAUGGGGAAAAAAAUAAGGUGAUAGUAAUAUUACAACAAAAAGUUGUAAUGUUAUGUGAAUAAAGUGUUGAUUUUACAAUCUUUUUUUACGGUGGUCAACCUCAUCCAUCCAUUUUCUGUCGCGCUUCUCCUCACGCGGGUCGCGGGCGUGCUGGAGCCUAUCCCAGGUAUCAUCGGGCAGGAGGCGGGGUACACCCCGAACUGGUCGCCAGCCAAUCGCAGGGCACAUACAAACAAACAACCAUCCGCACUCACAUUCGCAAUUUAGUGUUGUCAAUUAACCUAGCAUGCAUGUUUUUGGGAUGUGGGAGGAAACCCACGCAAGCACGGGGAGAACAUGCAAACGCCACACAGGCGGGGCCGGGGAUUGAACCCCGGUCCUCAGAACUGUGAGGCAGACGCUCUAACCUAGUCGUCCACCUAGUCAAGCUCAGUGAACGAUAUUAUAAGAAGAAAAUCUAAAAUAUACAAAUAUGAGAAUAAAUUUAUGGCAUACUUUCAGAAAGAGAAAACACAAAAUCUAAUCCUACCAUGGGAAGAAAUCCAAAUUUUGCGAGAGAAAAGUCGCAAUUUGAUGAGGAAUAAAAACAUUUUUUAUGAAAAUAAGUUUGUAACUUGACAGGAAAAAACGUUGAUGUUAACAUGCUGUGACAUUAUGCAAUGGCUGCCAAAACCAUUUUUCCCAUUGGAAAUAAUGUAAAGUCAAUUCCUGUGUUCAGGAAUCAGUCUAUCACCAUCCUAAAAACCUUCAGAGGCAAGACUUUCAUCUAAAAAGUCGAACACUGUAUAAUAAAAGUCAAAUAAGAGGAAAAUGUACGCUUUUGUACAGUAUAUGCUUUGUUACAAACUGAAGGACUGUGCAGUGGAUGCAUUUAUUUUCCUGCAUUUAUUGAAGUGUACUUACUUUCUGUUUCUAAUGUGAACAAUAUACAUUUGGUGUGAAAUACUGAUUGCCCUUUUUUACAUAGUGUCGUAUAUCCUUUAUUUAUUUUGUUCCAUAUACAGUGGCUCCUUGACAAGUUUCAGUAAAACGUCGGCCCAAUGACGGCUUGUAUCGAAAAACUCCCGUUGGCUCGCUCGUAUCUCAGGGCGCCACUGUUUAGAGCCUAUGCACCCCCUCUUCUCCCAAUCAUGUUUGAGUUAACUGAUUAAUUCUGUUUGUUUUUCUAAUUUCUUCUGUCAUUUCUACACCCAAAAUAUACAUGUAUAUACUUACUGUAUGUAAAAUAUUUUUUAACAGGAUACACUUUCUGGUUUAAUUAAAUUUGUGAUUAUCCACUCCA